AAGUUUUAAAUUUUCAACCAGAAUAAAGUGUACUACUUCAACUACUUCUUCUCUACUUCUCUACCUUAAAACUUCCCCAACCAAUUUCUUCAAAUCAUCAUCCCUUCAACCAAAGAAAAUGGCUUUGAGCAUAGUCGCGAAGAUCUUUCUCGUCUUUGCCAUCUAUUGCGCUCUCGAUCCCUUCAGUCACAGCUCCAUUUCCAAGUUCCCGGACUUCAAAACUUACAAGAUUGACAUGCCUCCAUUAUCGUCCCUUCCCAAGGAAAGAGACCGUCAGAAUCUGCUUCAGAAUUCGGAGAUCAGGUUUCUUAACGAGGUUCAAGGUCCUGAGAGUAUUGCUUUCGAUCCGCAAGGUCGUGGUCCUUAUACCGGAGUCGCCGACGGUCGAAUUCUCUUUUGGAAUGGCACUCGUUGGACCGAUUUCGCUUAUACUUCGAACAAUCGGUCAGAGCUAUGUGAUCCAAAGCCAUCACUUUUGGAUUACUUGAAGGAUGAAGAUAUCUGUGGUCGGCCUUUGGGUCUUCGAUUCGACAAAAAAACUGGGGAUUUGUACAUUGCAGAUGCGUAUUUGGGGAUAAUGAAAGUUGGUCCUGAAGGAGGUUUAGCAACUUCUGUUACAAACGAGGCAGAUGGUGUGCCUUUGAGAUUUACCAAUGAUCUUGACAUUGAUGACCAAGGCAAUGUUUACUUUACUGAUAGCAGCUCUUUUUUCCAACGAAGGAAAUUCAUGCUUUUGAUUGUCUCGGGGGAAGACAGUGGGAGGGUGUUGAAAUACAAUCCAAAAACAAAGAAGACUACCACUCUCGUGAGAAAUCUCCAGUUUCCUAAUGGCUUAUCCCUCGGCAAAGACGGCUCUUUUUUCAUAUUUUGUGAAGGAUCAAUUGGAAGAUUACGGAAAUACUGGUUGAAAGGGGAAAAAGCUGGAACCUCAGAAGUGGUAGCUCUAUUACAUGGGUUCCCAGACAACAUCCGCACAAACAAAGACGGGGAUUUCUGGGUGGCGGUGCACUGCCAUAGAAACAUAUUCACACACGUGAUGGCGCAUCACCCGAGGGUGAGGAAGUUCUUCCUGAAGCUGCCGAUAUCAGUGAAGUUUCAGUACUUGCUGCAGGUAGGUGGUUGGCCUCAUGGUGUGGCUGUGAAGUACAGUGAAGAAGGGAAGGUGCUAAAGGUGUUGGAAGAUAGCAAAGGGAAAGUGGUGAAGGCAGUGAGUGAAGUGGAGGAGAAAGAUGGGAAGCUUUGGAUGGGAAGUGUAUUGAUGUCUUUCAUUGCCGUAUAUGACUUGCCUUAAUUUUCUUAUACAAAUUUGUAAAUUUCUAGUUGGCUAUGGGAUUGCAAUAUGUAUCUCUUUAUCGAACUAUCCUCGACGUAAUCAGCGCAAACAAUUACUAAAUACAGUAUCCUUUUUGUC